AUGUCCAAUCCUCCUUCACAGCAACAGUACGAGACUUCCAGGCGGCCGGCUCCAUUUACUCGUCAGUCGGAAGAGCUCCAUAUUCCGCUGUCUGGCACUGUCCCCUCGAAUGCGUCGCGGUACUCGACCGGGCCAGAUGUUGGUCACGUUCCUCCUGCAAUCAGUAUUCAGCAGUCGACACCACAACAUUCUCAGUAUGGAGCCAGUAGCAACGCACUUCCCGGCGCCCUACAGCCAGGGAACAUGUCUGGUCGUCCAGCUCCCAUGUCCGCCAACACUGCUCCUUCCGCCGUGCCUACGUUACCUCCACCGACCUCGCAAUCACAACAAGUGACCACACCGUCUCGAUCAGGACCCGUCAAUACACAUGUUCAUUCACGGUCGAGUCCGGCAGGAUUCGACCAUCCGCGAUAUAAACAAUAUGGAACCACACCGGAAAGCGCAAAGUAUUCCUCCCCGCCAGGCGGCUUCCCACCGCAUACGCCAUCAGGCGCCAAAUAUUCGCCGUUGGGUCUUGCAGAUAUAAGGCCACCCAGUGAUUCGUUGUUGAUGGAUCAUCCAAUUACUCCAGGGUCUUUUGCAGCUUUCAAUAAUGACAUUCAAAUACCAACAAACAGCAACUAUGUUGCUCCGUGGCCGAUUUAUGCGGUCGACUGGUGUAAAUGGCCGAUGUCAUCGGGCAGUUCUUUCGCUGGUAAGGUGGCUAUUGGAAGCUACCUUGAGGAUAAUCAUAACUACAUUCAAAUUAUCGAUGCCCAUCGCAAGCAACCCGAGGCCGAUACUCCAGACGUGGUCCCAGGAGAUGUUGAGUUAGAGUACGUCAAGACAGCAGAGGCAACACAUUCAUAUCCAGUCACAAGAAUAUUAUGGGAGCCUCCGUCCUCUCAAAAACAGUCAACGGACUUGCUUGCGACAUCAGGCGAUCACCUCCGUUUAUGGUCUUUGCCAAACUCCCAGGUUGUACAAACCACAAACUCGAUAACUAGCCGAAACCAGGGCCCAUCGCCAGCUAAAUUGUCUCCAUUAGCCCUUUUGUCCAAUUCCAAAUCACCAGAACACACGGCUCCUAUAACUUCAUUGGAUUGGAAUAUAAUAUCACCGAGUCUGAUUAUCACUUCCAGUAUCGACACGACAUGUACAAUCUGGGAUAUUCCGACGUUGACUGCAAAGACACAGCUUAUUGCGCACGAUAGGGAAGUGUACGACGUACGUUUCUGUGCAAAUAGUGUUGAUGUUUUUGUUAGUUGCGGUGCAGACGGAAGUGUCCGCAUGUUUGAUCUGCGGAGCUUGGAACAUAGUACUAUCAUAUAUGAGCCGUCGGAAAAGAACGAGAAGCUUAUGAGCCCUGGAGGUUCCAGCCCAGGACACUCUACCGCAUGGCCACCACCCCUACUACGUAUAGCCACAUCACCCCACGACGCCCACCUCCUCGCAACAUUUUCCCAAGACUCGAAUCUAAUCCGCAUCCUCGACGUCCGACAACCAGGCCAAGCCCUAGUCGAACUAAAAGGCCACUCUGCAUCCGUAAACUGCAUCGAAUGGUCACCGACUCGUCGCGGCACCCUCGCCUCAGGAGGCGACGACUGCUGCGUCCUCGUCUGGGACCUGAUCAACCAACACAACGCAGCACAUAUCCAACAACAAGCCCCUCCCCUCCCUGGUCCUACCACUACCGGAGCAGGAGCAGGAGCAGGAGCAGGAGCAGGAGCAGGAGCAGGAGCAGGUGCAGGUGCAACAGCACCUUCAACAACCGAACGCGGCCCAGCGGCAGCAUGGCAAUGCGAUUAUGAGAUUUCGAAUAUCUCCUGGUCCCCUCAAGCAUCCCCAACACAAUCCGGACAUUCGCGAGACUGGCUUGGUGUUUGUGGUGGGAAGGGAUUCUGGGGUGUAGCAAUGUAGACUUUUUUUUUUGCCUUUCUGUAUCCAUGUUCACGUUCAUGACGAGCGCUUCUACGACCUGUGUCUUUUCUUUCCCUUCUCCAUUUAUUAUAUUUGUCGCCGCAUACUCGCAUUUCGGCAUGUUAUGUUGUUCUAAAGAUAUGCUAUGUUGCGUUUAUUGAAAGAGAAAAAUGCAUCAUUGUUAGUUAUUGUUGAGUUUUCACCUGAGUUUCUUUAAAGCAUGACUACCUAGGUU